CAAACAUGCUGCACAAACAAUCCUCGCACUAUCCCUUCACUCGCAACUUCUGACGCCGAUACACCGCCCGAGAUUGAUCAUCAUACCUCCCUGCGACAUGUCGGCCGCAGAUAUGUUUUGGGCAGCCCCGCCCAUCUCAAGAACAAUCACAGCGGCGGCUGUCCUCCUGUCCGUCCCCGUGUGGAUGGGACUGAUUAACCCGGCCAUGGUCGUGUUCUUCAAGGACUACGUCUUCACACUUCGCACAUUUCCCCAAGUAUGGCGAUUGGUGACCAGCUUCAUCCUGACUGGACCGAAAUUUGGCCUGCUCAUGGAUCCCUACUUCCUCUUCACCUACGGAAGCAGCCUCGAAACGGCGUCUGCCGCAUUCUCCCAGCCUGGUGAUUUCUUCGUCUACCUCGUCUUUGUGGCCGCCGUCAUCCUGGUAUUGGGCGGCGUCCUUCUCGGCGGCAUGAUGCUGCUGUCCCCGCUCACACUGGCGCUCGCGUACACCUAUGCGCAAGACAACCCAAACCGGCAGGUCAGCUAUUUUGUCGUCACAUUCGCAGUGAAAUGGUUGCCAUACGUGAUGCUCGCAAUGACGUUUGUCAUGGCUGGACCUUCUGAGGCUUUUGUCCAAGGCACCGGCCUCAUCGCCGCUCACACAUACCACUUCCUCACCCAAGUCUGGCCGGAACAUGGAGGUGGCCGAAAGUAUAUCGUCACUCCACAGAUAGUGCGCAACUGGUUUUCGAGGCCCGGCAUGACGCCCACUCAACGAGGUGCUGGCACAGCCUUCAACGCUGGGGGAGCUGCGAAUCAAAGAAUUCCACAGAGGCCGGCAGGGAGUGGUGGAGGCUGGUCCAGUGGCAUGGCUGGAAACAACUGGGGUGCAAGGGGGACUGGGCGUAGGCUCGGGGGCGAAUGAAUAUGCAGGCUCGUCUUGUCAACCUCAGCCCGUCUUUCUGCCGCGUUGCAAGCGCUCGUAAUACUUCAAUGAACCUUUCUUUUGAUGAC